GAAACGAAUAAGCAACGAAUCUUCUUCAAGAUUUCACUGCGACUAUUUCCGAGCUUCAGAUUUCCCAUUUUUUCUUUCGAUAUUAACGAAUUGGAUUACUGAGCUUUUGCAACAAUGGUGGAGGUUUCUGAACGAGGGGUGAAGGAGGAGGAGAUUGAGCUGGAUUUAGGCUUGUCGAUCGGAAGCGCCAGUUUUAGAAGAUCUGAGAAACCGAAACUCGACGGAGGAGAUACGAGGGAGAAUGAAUAUCAAACGGUUGCGGUUGUGAGAUCGAGCAGCACGGUGUCGCCGCCGAUGACGUUGUCCGAGGCGGAAAGCGACGUUCUGGAUCCGCUGGCGAGAAGGGAGAUACAGGCGCUGCGGAGGCAAGAGGCCAAGAGGAAGCGAGAGGAGAAGAAGACGAGAGCACUAAUCGGAGAACAGCAACAACCGCCGGCGAAAAAGAAUGGUGUGUUAUCUCAGGACGAUAACGCCGGAAACGUUGAGCACCACCAUUACCCAGUUGGACCGGUGCAGUACCCGUACGCGCCGGUUCAGUUCAUCCCGUACUCAAACGGGUUCGCUUAUCCGUGUGUGGUGCCUUGUUGGGCGCCCAACGGCGGCGGCGGUGGUGGUUUCAGGCAGUUUCAGGAUUUGGGGAAUAACGGGUGCAACCCGGAGCAGAAUGGCAAAACGGCGUCGUUGAAUAAUGGGUCUCCGAUUUGUAGCUCCUCUACCGUUUCAGAACAUUACAGCGCAGCUUCUCAUGAAGGUGGAAGCAGUGAUGCAAAAAGCCAUUCAAGCCGUUUGAGUGGUUCAAUUGGGUCUGACCAUACAGCAACCUCUCACUCCAUCGAAUCUAAUCAUUAUUUGGUGAUUCGACCCACCAAAGAAGAACCCGCACCGGAAAUUACAGAACCGGUUCCGAUUGCGAAACCCAUCUCAUCUAAUGAAGAAUGCCCUCCUCCUCCAUUGAAAGAAACCAAGAUGGAACCUCCAAAACCCAAAACCGAAAAUAUUAAAAACAGAGAGAAGACUCCUUCGAUGCCACAAAUGCCGUAUGUGUCCACCACCGGAAAUGGACCAAAUGGGAAAACGGUUCAUGGGUUCUUGUAUAGAUACUCGAAGUCUGAUAUCAGCAUCGUAUGCGUCUGCCAUGGAAGCACAUUCUCCCCGGCUGAGUUUGUGCAGCAUGCCGGCGGCGCCGAUGUUUCACAGCCUCUCAGGCACAUUACAGUAAUCCCAUCUGCUUUUGGAUGAUGCUGAUGCUGUUAGCUUUUGGUUUUUAUUUCUCUUGUUUGGCCCAUUGGGGUUGCUUGGUUAUUUUAUUCCUGGCAAAACUAAUGGGGUUGGAGAGACGAAGAUUGUUCUUUGUUCUUCAUCUUUUGGUUUCGGC